AUGCAGCUUUCGCGUGAAGACUUUGACAAUCCAGAGGUCGCUGGGGCGGUGAACCCCCACCCCGACUACGGUUACUUCCACGGUCCCAUCCCGAACCCAAACCCCACUUGGCGCCCACACCCGGACCCCCGCACACCUGUGACCACCGCGGACAACGAGAAUGCCCCAACUCCUGGUUCAAGACUGUCAGGUAUUAAUAGCAUGCUCGUCCGCCACAUCCGGAACGCCCAUCCCGGUGCCACUCUUAAUCCCUUCCGCACCAACAUUCCCCAGGCUGAGCGCAUUGCGGGCGAAAACGCUUUAAAGCGAUGGAUCCUUAGCAGAGGAUGGAGAACUGCCCGUUACGUGAAGGAGCCUGGUGAGGGUCCUAUGUACGGUAUUAUUCAGGAUUACUGUAACUUCCUCGAGCAGCUGGCCCAGGAAGAUAACGACUUUGCUCAGCAGUUUGGGACUGAGUUCCAUCGUCCUAGGCUGGGUAAGCCACCUACCCCACCGUCUGCCCCCAAGCGCAAGCGUGCUCCACCGAAGAAGGGUCACAAGGCCACCGGUAGCCGGAAGCAGCCGGCGCGCGCAAGAAGAUGCUGCCGAGUCGUGCCGGAGACUGCGUAG